GGGGAAACCACCGAGAUGCUUCCUCCGCAUGGAAUCUGGGGAUAAUUCACCGCUCCUCCCGUCACUUGGUCCACGCGCAAGAGUGAGGGUUGGUGGCCCAUUUGGAAUGGAAAACCUCCACGACCAUCCGCAAUGAUGACAUCAUGAUACCCUCACCCGUCCGAUUCUAUAUCAUCGGCCAGGACAGAUACAAUAAACCUUCCACUGACAUUAUUAUAUUGUGAGACGAACAAACCACCGAUCAAGACUAUGAAGCUUUCUCCGGGCGGUUCCUCCGUCUCUCUGUCGCGGUGUCCGCUCCUACCUCCACCGGGUUGUCGCCAAGACCGCCGUUGGACGUAUCGACGGGGCAUUCAUCACCAUCCUGAAAAUUUGCAUUCGGGCAUUUGUCGCCGGUCGCCUAAAACAGUCGUUUUCACUGCCGUGUUGUGAGGGGGGAUGAUUCGCGUUGAUGAUGACGGGCGGUUUCCCGCACCACUCCAAGACAUGAUUACGGCGUACGCGUACCUCCUCCACGGGCUCGAUACCCCGUCCCGGAUUCUCGUCAGCGGCGACAGUUGCGGCGCCACCCGCGCCAUGGGGUUCUCUGCUACCGCUACGCCCACCCGAUUCUCCCGCCCCGGCAGUUCGUCUGGUUCUAGUGGCGGCGUCCGUGGCGCCCCUUUGGCAUUCGUUCCCGCUGCCGGCACCGGCGUGUUCGUGACCGGGUAGUGGGGAGUAGGAGGUGAUGGUGAGAAGCAUCGGCUGCUGGCGGACCACCUGCGAGACGUGCCCGGGAACUGAGACAGGCAUGUGGAGGUAUGUCGGGGGCACGCAUACAGGACUCCAAUGACGGGAGGAAAGACGACGCAUACACAUAUAUAUCUAUUGGGUCCUCUGGCUUACAUUUCACGGACACAUGGGGGAAUCAGGUAGAACGCAGACAAAUCAGCG